AUGGAUGCUUUAACAACAACGAGUCCGUCUGGCAAUGGCAAUAGCAAUGGAAAUAGCAAUGGCAAUGGUAACAAAAAGUCAAAUAUCGAUGCCAAAGAGUUUGAGAUUGAACGAGUCAGAAACAGAUUCAUCUCACACGAAGUCAAAAAGAUGGAUCGUAAUCAAUCGAGAAUCAAUGCACCCAGCGUAUCAUCAGACACAGAGUCAGAGUCAGACUCUGAGUUCUUCUUGAACAAUCCGCCUGCCACCACAGGAAUUCACCAUAGUCACCAUCAUCCAACGCAACGUGUUAACCUACAGCCAGGCGUUAAAUUAAAUAACACCAAACAGCAACAACAACAACAACAACAAAGACAACAAAUUCAAAAGCAACAACAAUUACAACAACAACAACCACUUAACACCGCCAGUGUAGUUUCAACUUCACCAACUGAAAAGCAACCAGUUGCAUCCUCCACCGGAGUAUCGUUGUCGUCGUCGGCACCAGCACCGGCAGCAACAGCAGCACUUGGUACAACAGCUUCACUUCCACGUGAUGUCGGUCUGUUUGCACUCCGUCCAUCUAUACUCAGUAGUGAGUCAACGGGUGCCAGUUACAGAGGUUUCUUGAAUCUCAUGGUUUUAUUACUUAUAUUGACAAGUUUUAGAUUGGUUAUUUUGAAUCAUUUGACAUAUGGUAUCAGAAUUGAUUUGGGAUUGUUGGCUAUCUCUGAAUGGCAUAGAUGGCCGGGUGCCAUGAUUGGUUUGAGUUUGAACUUCUUUAUCAUCAUGGCCUACCUCAUUGAGAAAGCCGCUUCACAGAAUCUCUUGCCACACUCGAUGUUCUACUCGUUGAGAAUUCUCAACUGCUCCGGUAUGGUCAUCAUCCCAAGUACCUCGAUCGUUUUGUUCUCACCAAACCCAGCAUCUGGUAUCUUUGUCAUGAUCCUCGUCUGCACAUUCAGUAUGAAGAUCAUCUCCUACGCCUAUGAGAACAACAAACAACGCCACAUGCAUCCAGACACCAAGAAGUUUGUACUCAACGGAGAUACUUCUGUUUAUCCAAACAAUCUUUCAUUAUCCAAUACAUAUUGGUAUAUGUUGAUUCCAACUUUAGUUUAUCAACUUUCAUAUCCAAGAUCACCAAGAAUUAGAAAAAUGUUUUUAUUAAGAAGAAUUGUUGAAGCUUUAUUCUUAUCAGCUUUGAUUUUCUGGAUGGUCGAGCAAUACAUGGUACCACUUGUUGAAAACAGUGUCUUGCCAAUGGAACAAUAUGAUUUCGUUAGAAUUAUUGAGAGAAUUAUGAAGUUAUCUUUACCAAAUCUUUAUGUUUGGUUAUUAGGAUUCUAUGUAUUUUUCCAUUUAUAUUUGAAUAUUUGUGCAGAGCUUACAAGAUUUGGUGACCGUGAGUUCUAUAGAGAUUGGUGGAAUAGUACUGGAUUAGAUUAUUUCUGGAGAACUUGGAAUAUGCCUGUACAUCACUGGAUGGUCGUUAUGAUUUACACACCAAUGAGAAGACGUGGCUAUUCAAAGAACGCUGGUUACUUUAUGUGUUUCUUUGUCUCUGCCAUCUUCCACGAGCUAGUUAUCAGCGUACCUUUCCACACAAUCAAGUUGUGGGCAUUCUUUGGUAUUAUGAGUCAAAUGGUAUUAAUUGCACUUACAAAGAAUUUAUUGAAUGGAAUGAAUCUUGGAAAUGUUAUAUUUUGGUUUAGCAUCGUCUUGGGACAACCAAUGGUUGUUCUCUUGUACUAUAGAAACUUCAUUAUCGAACAUCCAUAUUUAUAUCCAAAGAAUAUCAUUCACGAUAAUUCAUAG